AUGGCUAGUAAAGAAGAAGAGGGGAAAGGGUCCCAUCACCCAUCGUCGUGGUCGGGAGAUUCUUCAGGUCAAGCAAUAGCACCGAGCACAAGAGAGAGACAUAGGUAA